AUGGCCCAUGCACAUAGCCCAAUCUCCUCUGUCCUUAUCCCCAUCACAUCCAUCCUACUCAUUCUCAUCCCGAAUAAUCCCCCUACCACUCAUUUCUCCCCCAGCUUCACUAUUCAAGCUACCACUCGUGAGGAGAUCCGCAGAACUCGCACUUAUAUCACCACCGCGUCGACGCCCGCUCUUUAUGGGUGCGACUCCACAGACCGACACCUUGAGCUGCAAAGCAACGGUGCAGCCGCUCAGCAUCCAGACCAACAGUUCUGUGCCAUUGCAGUUGUGGAUAUCUUCUCGCGCUAUCACUGA